UAUUAUAUUAUUAGUAAUGAAUGUUGGAGCUCAUCCAAUAGGGGGCGCUUGUGGACACGAAUAUGAGUCACACGCCUCUCACAGACAAGACAGUAGCAGAAGAAGCAGCAGUGUAGACAGGAAGAGCGUUUAGUCACUGUAUGCAGACAUGAGUGUCCCAGACUACAUGCAGUGUGCUGAGGACCAUCAGACGGUCCUGGUGGUGGUCCAGCCCGUGGGGAUCGUCCCAGAGGACCAGUUCUUCCGCAUUUACAAACGCAUCGUCAGCGUGAGCCAGGUCAACAUACGGGACUCCCAGCGCGUCCUGUUCAUCCGAUACCGGCACCAUUACCCCCCUGAGAACAACGAGUGGGGUGACUUUCAGACUCACCGCAAAGUCGUAGGUCUCAUCUCAGUGACCAGCUGCACCACGGCAAAAGAGUGGCCACAGACAUCAGACCGUUUCCACGGGCAGAAGGAGGUGUUCGGCUCCACGCUGUACGACUCGCGGCUGCUGGUGUUCGGGCUGCAGGGGGACGUGGCGGAACAGCAGCGCACCGAUGUGGCGUUUUACCCCAGCUAUGACGACUGUCCUGAUGUAGAGAAGCGGGUGGAGGAUUUCGUUGAAUCCAUAUUUAUCGUCCUGGAGUCGAAAAGGCUGGACAGAGCAACCGAUAAAUCUGGUGAUAAGCUACAGCUGCUGUGUGUGCCGUUCGAGAAGAAGGACUUUGUGGGGUUGGACACAGACAGCAGGCACUACAAGAAACGCUGUCAGGGCCGCAUGAGGAAACACGUCGGGGAUCUGUGUCUGCAGGCAGGGAUGCUGCAGGACGCCCUCGUACAUUAUCACAUGGCCGUGGAGCUGCUGCGGUCUGUCAAUGACUUCCUGUGGCUGGGAGCUGCUUUGGAGGGACUGUGUUCUGCGUCUGUCAUUUUCCAUUACCCAGGAGGCACUGCGGGGAAGAGCGGAGCCCGCAAACCUGGCGUCUCCUCUGCUGCUGACGCUGGAAAGAGACACAGACCUGGCGCUCAAGAAGUUCUCAUUGAUCCAGGUGCUCUGACGACCAAUGGCAUCAGUGCAGACACGAGCGCUGAGAUCGGCCGAGCCAAGAACUGUCUGAGUCAGGAGGACAUCAUUGAGAAAUACAAGGAGGCCAUCUCUUACUACGGCAAGUAUAAGAGUGCUGGAGUGAUUGAGCUGGAGGCCUGUAUUAAGGCCGUCAGAGUGUUGGCCAUUCAGAAACGAGCCAUGGAGGCGUCUGAGUUCCUGCAGAAUGCUGUUUACAUCAACCUUGGCCAGCUGUCAGAAGAGGAGAAGAUCCAGCGUUACAGCGUCCUGUCAGAGCUCUACGAGCUCAUCGGCUUCCACCGUAAAUCGGCGUUCUUCAAACGCGUUGCCGCCAUGCAGUGUGUGGCUCCCACCAUCCCUGAGCCGGGCUGGAAGGCCUGUUACAAACUCCUUCUGGAGACCCUGCCGGGAUACAGCCUCUCUCUGGACCCCAAAGACUUCAGCAAAGGGACCCAUCGUGGAUGGGCGGCAGUACAGUUGCGGUUGCUUCAUGAGCUGGUUUAUGCGUCUCGUCGUAUGGGGAACCCAGGUCUGUCUGUUAGACACCUCUCUUUCCUGCUACAGACCAUGCUGGACUUCCUCUCUGACCAGGAGAAGAAAGAAGUCACCCAGAGUUUGGAGAACUACACGUCAAAGUGUCCGGGUGGAAUGGAGAUGAUCAACCUUCCUGACGGACUCAAACUUCCUCCUGUACCAUUUACCAAACUGCCCAUCGUCAGAUCUGUGUCUCUGCUGAACCUGCCAGUGAGUCUUCGUCCUCAUAAGGUGAAAGGCCUUCUGGGACAGGGGAUGUCCACCGCCAGCCCAUUCAUCUACUCACCAAUCACAGUGCACAGCAGAGGAGAUGAGCGCUCCAAGAAGAUAGAUUUCCAGUGGGUUCAGGGCGAUGUGUGUGAGGUGCAGUUAAUGGUCUAUAAUCCGAUGCCAUUUGAGCUACGGGUCGAGAACAUGGGUCUGUUGACAUCAGGUGUGGAUUUUGAGUCCCUUCCUGCCGCUCUGUCUUUGCCAGCGGAGUCUGGCCUCUAUCCGGUGACUCUGGUUGGAGUUCCACGCACCGCAGGCAACAUCACAAUCAGCGGGUAUCACACAUCGGUGUUUGGGGUGAGCAGCGACUGUCUUCUGGAGGGUCUGGUGGGGGUGAAGAGCAGCGGCUGUAUGGUGGAGGUGGUGCCAUCACUCCCACGACUGCAGCUCUGCACAUCUUUACCAAGGUCGGCUCAUCUGUCCAGUGAAGAUCUGUCCACUAGCGUGUCCCUGCAGCUGUUUAAUGGAGAGACCCAGCAGUUGACCAUCACCCUGGAGAAUAUCGGCACAGAGACGCUGAACACGCUGGAGCUGACGUCUAAAACUCUCAGCACUAAAGAGAAGCUGUUUGGUGAGUUUGUGAGCUGGGACCUGCAGGACGCUCUGUCCCACCUGCCUCUGAAAUCCGGUCAAUCUGUCUCCAUCCCUGUCAACAUAUCCACCAAACUGGACUUUUCCGGUCAGGAGAACCUGUUACAUGACCUGAACGACGAUGGUAUCAGUGUAACAGGUCUGCCCGUCUCCAGCCCGCUGCGGCAGGUCCUAAAGCCACGCUCCGAAAAUAAACCAGUCGGCACUGACGCCAGCAAGAACGAAUACAAUCAUGUCAAGACGCUGGAGGCUGUGUUGACCUUUAAAUACAGUGGAGGAGCCGGUCAGGUGGAGGGCUACUACCGCGAGCUCAGUCUGGGGGUCAGAGUGGAUGUUGAACCUUCAGUUUUCUUCACACGAGUCAGCACUUUACCUGCCACCAGUACUCGUCAAUGUCAUCUACUGCUGGACGUGUUCAACUCGACCGAACAUGAGCUCACGCUGUCUGCCAAGAACAACCAGGACCUGGUGCUGCACGCCAGCGAGUGUCAGAGGAUGGCCAUUCAGGUGGAUAAGUUUGAUUUUGACAGCAUGCCAGUGACGGACCACGAUGCAUUGCGACUGGCCACAGUACGCCAACAGGAAGAGAAGAGACAGCAAGUGCAGGGAGGGCUCAUCAACAGCACGCUGGACAUCCACUGGACCAUCUCGUCCCUUCAGCGUCACGGGGAGGCCAGUGUGGAGGGCGUCCUCAACCAGCUCAUCCUUGAACAUCUGCAGCUGGCUCCUCUACAGUGGGAUGUUGUGGUUAACGGUAAGCCGUGUGACUGUGACGUGGUCGCUGACUGCAGGGUCGGAGAUGCUGUGCCGUUAGAGGUGAAACUGACCAACCGCAGCAAGAGCGCCGUUGGACCGUUCUCUCUGACCGUCGUCCCCUUCCAAGACUAUCAGAAUGGAGUCCAAAACUUCGACCUGCAGGAUGCCGUCACUUUCAUCGGCUCCAACACCUUCUACAUCGGCACGGUGAACCCCACGGAGAACUCUGUGUGUGUGGGAGCCCUGCUCUUCUUAUACACCGGUGAUUUCUAUCUGAACAUCAAGUUUCAGGACGACAGCACGAGCCGCGACCUGCCGCCCGCCUGGUUCUGUCUGCCCAGCGUCCACAUCAAAGCCCAGGAGCCAAUCGAAGCAGCUGCCUGAACCUGUGAACUCUGACCUCUGACCUGACGGACUCAGUAGGCCUGGGGAGAGAUCUGCUGUUAUCCAGACCACCACUGAGCGGAUCUAGAUAUUUAUUGAGUCUAGAGCAAGUGCAGUUCCAGUGUAUAAAGCUUUUAGAGUUUGGAGAUGUUUAAAUGUAUGCCAAAUCCUCCACUUUACGUUCAGUCUGACUGUUCUGAACGCAUCAUGCUCAUUUACCUCCACAGGCAAAAUGGAUGAAGAACAUUUUUCAGCUAACCGCUAAGUGAAAACAUCAAAGGAGAGUUUACAGUUUAGUCCUGAAUCAUUCUCUUAAAGUGAAGGAGUUUAAAAUGCACUAGAUUGCUCAACAACGUCGUGCUUUCAGUGCAUGAAUCUGAUGGAAACAUCUCCAGCUCAUAUUUCAACCCAAAAAUAAUAUAACAAAAAUAUUAGAUUUAGUUGAAGCCUGUUUUUACAACUUUUGUUUUGCCUUAUGACAUUAUUUUAAUGACAAUUAAGCACAAGUCUCAUUACUGUGAUGUGUUCGCUUGGGCAUUUUGUUUAUUCGUUUGUUUUGUAAUUCUCAUAAUCGUAAAUGGUGAUUCUCAUUGAAGUCAAUAAUUUGAGUAUUUAAAUAUGAUUAUCUGCAUGGAAUAAAGUUUUAUUUAAAUCAGCAUAGAAUAAAUUAAAAUGUUUUAUAUAUACAUAAUUCGAUUUUUUGCAUUAUGGUAAUGACAGCUGUAGAGGAAAUGUUCUUAAUUGUCAUAAAAUAAUAUUGUCACAAUUUCAAAAACUCUUAAUGGGUAAAACAGGCUUAUUUUCUUUCUGCAAAACAUAAUUUACUAUUUCCUUCUUUUGAUUUUUGGCUGAAAUAUGAUCUGGUCAUGUUCUCGGCAGGUCUUAUAGGGGUUCACAUUAAUGGUGCAUGUAAAUAUGAGUUACGUCUGUCACAGUACUUUCACGUAUGACUGUAUACAGCUUUUUUUUUUCUGGGGUUGAUGCAUAAAUGGUUUUGUGACUCUGUCGGA